AUGCCCGCGCUCCGCAACAGCCGGAGGUCGCAGAGGCUGGGCCCGGCGCAGCACCCGUCUGGCAUGGGCCUGGACGCGCUCGUGCAGGCAGGCAUCGCCGAGGCCCACCAGGCGUUCAAGACCCGGAAGAAGGGCGACAAGCGGAAGCACAUCGAGAAGGCGACCGGGAUGCUCACGGAGGCAUACCAGAGGUCCAGCGCCCUCGGAGACCACCAGGACCUGAACAUACACCUCACGGCCGUGCUGCUGAAGCUGGCCGAGGCCCAGGGCACGGUCCUCGGGGCCUCCCUGGGCAGCCUCGAGCUGGACGCCGUGUGGCUGCAGGGCCCGUGCACGCUGGUCGAGGAGCCGGACGCGCCCUCGCCGGAGCCCGACGAGGUGGAGCCGUCGUUGGAGGCACCGCCGCGCCAGGACGGCCGCCGCGAGCACGAGGAGCAGCACGGCGCCGCGGAGGGCGCGCUCCCCGCGGCGGCGGCGGCGGCGGCGGCCCCGGGCGCGCCGCCCGCGGGCGGCAGCAAGGUCGGCCUGAGCACGGUGCAGGAGGCCGACGGCGACAGCGCGGGCUCGGUGAGCGACGGUGGCGGGGACUCGCCGGCCAGGCCCGAGGUCGCCCCCGCCUGCGGCAGCCCCGGCCCUGCCGCCGCAGAGCCGGAGGAGCCCUCGGCGGUGCUGCGGCCCUCGCCGCCGCAGGCGGGCGCCGACCCCGCCGGCCCCCGGCGGGGCCUGGGCCGGCUCCUGCGGGGCCUCUCCGGAGCCCCCGCGGAGGCGGAGGAGGCGGCGCAGCCGCCGCAGCCCCAGGCCAGCCCUCUGGCGCUGAGCCCCGAGGGCGGCGAGGCGCCGGGCGCCCGGCGGGGCCUCGGGCGUCUCCUGGAGAACCUGGGCCUCGGGCCCGCGCCCGCGCCGGAUGCCGCGGAGGAGCAGCAACCGUCGCCGCAGGCGCACGCGAGCCCCCAGGCGGGCGCCGAGGCAGCGGCCGAUGAGGCGCCCCGCCUGGCGCGCUGGUGGUCCCGCAUGGUGGGAUCGGCCGACAUCGGCCCCGAGGCGUCCGGGGAGGAAGGGGGGUGCCCGUCGGUCGUUGGAAGUGGGUACGUUUAUAUAGAUGCCCAAGUGGCAAUCUACUUGUGAG